AUGCAUAAAGUAGUUAUCUAUAUGCUGGUAUGUUAUAUUACAGCUGCUUGUCCUGCUGGUUGGCACAAGUACAAAGAUAAUUGUUACAAGAAGUUCCCGGCAGCUUCUUGGAAUGAAGCCAGAUCAGCAUGUGCUCGUCAAGACGCUACAUUAGCGCAGGUAGCAAUUAGAGGUCUAGCAGAAAAUACAUUUAUUACGAAUGAGUUUGGAGGAGGCAAUUGGCUUGGUAUGUCUCAAUGUCACACAAGCAGCACGUGUCUUCUAGACUUCUCACCGGCCCUGUGGACCAACUGGGCACCAGGUCAACCUGACAAGAAACCACAACGUCAACCUGGUCUAGAUAAUAAGGAUUUUGCCGUUUUGAUACAAACAGAUGGAACAUGGGCAGACCAACCGAAGUCGGAAAAACAUCCACAUAUAUGCAAGAAACCAGGUACAGUUCUUAUGCGUAAUGCAUGUAAAAUAUACCCCGCUCAUAUUUCACGCGCGCUAGGUCAAACAAUCUUAUUCUGAAGAUCAUAUUUUUCUCCCUCUUUUUUUCUCCCUUCGUUUUAAUCCACAAAUGAUUACUUCAUUAACUAGAAAAUACAUGCAUGCAGAAACCCUCGCCUUGCUGACAAAACCGUUGUAUUUUCCGAACAUGAAGUAUCUAAAGUAGUUGUCAUGGUAACACAACAAUUUUUUAAGAAUAUUCUUACGAAUGAAAAUCGCCUAAAAAUAUCACUUUUAAUUACAAAAUUAUCAAUUUCCCAACAUAUAUAUGUUAGGUAUGUAAUUAUACGUAAUACAAGCUUCAAUUUAAGGUAAAAUUCAACCACAAACAAUUCACAAAACGUUUUAAAGUGUUCUUUAUAAAACUAAACUGCCUUCAACUAUUAAAUGGCUUUAUCGAUAAACUUUGAGUUUGCAAUAAAAUGAUUUCAAAUUCUCGCAUGCAAAUAACUUCGCUUUAUUUUUUAUUUAAAAAAUUCAAUAUAAUAAAAAGGGAAUCAAUAUUAAAGAUACACUGAAAUUAUAUGCUGUCUUGUUUAGUUGUUUCAUAUACGCAAAGGCCGUCGGGUUUUAAAGCCAUUAUAAAAUCAAUAUUUAAAACAAACUUACUUUCGUUAACGUCGGCUGCCUUCUUUUAGCUGAUUUUUCGCCCUUUCUUUCUUGAAAUUUACAAAAUCUUGCAGAAAUACGAGCAAAAAUGAAGAAUAUUUGCAAGAAAUUUAUCAAUCAUCAACUCAUCAAAUCAAGAAAUGUUUGCUAUUUCGCUGUUGUCAUGCAGUCGUUAUAAUGCAAAUUUUAAAUUGGACCAAUCAGUGUCCGUUAUUCAUGACAGUCCGCCAUAUUUUUGAGAUCAGUGAGGAUGACGACCCAUCAUUGGUGACCGACGCCCGCGCUCAUUGAUGAACUUUAGACUUCGCUAAUGCUUUCGUUUCCUCGGGUGUAAAUAGCCGGGGGAAAUUAGUACCCUAGCACGGCGCUUCGCGCCGCCGGCUUGGGGAUAACGAAGUAAUCGUGGUGGUAAAGAGAUGAAAUGUACAGACCAUCAAAAUUGCGUUGAAUUUGCCACGUAUUCAAUGUUACUGACCAAAACGAAUUUACAUACAAUCUUGCGUGCAUAGGCUGAUAUAAUAUUCGUCGGUAGUUAGAUAUGAAAUAAACUCUAAUAUUCGCAGAAGUCUGCCUGAAAAUUUCCCCUGCCAUAUGUCCUAUACAUAAAAACAUCUCAUUAAUGAUAACUGUUUGGAUGCAAGGUCAUGUCUGAUGAUGGACAUUUCAUUUUCAGAGGAUCCCUGUGCAGAUAACUUUUGCAAUCCAAAUGGAAGCACCUGUGUCAAUGGAACAUGUCAGUGUAAGCCAGGGUAUUCUGGCGGAUAUUGCUAUAGUAAGUAUGAUUUAAACAUUUUCCCAACGUGCUCAUGGUGAAAGAAUGUUUUUUUUUCGAAAUUUGAGUGCUCGUCGGGACAUGGGACGGAAUUGAGUUAUUUUACUGAAUCACGCGUGCAGAAGAGUUUUGGACAAAAGACAGUGGCAGCGCCAGGCCUCAAAAGUCGGGUGGGGGGGGGGUGCAUUUGAGGGGCAAAAUCAUAUUUUGGGGGGCAAGGUAACAUUUUUAAAAGGUAGUGCUAUUUACCCAUGCCGUUGUCACAUGAUUUUUCCCCCCGCAGGAGAUUCGCCCCCCUCACAAAAGGAGCGAUAUUCCUACAAUUACCGCCCCCGGGAAACGAAUAUCCUAGGAAUAUCGCCCCCCCCCCAGAGGGGCGAAUGCUCCAGGAACAGCGCCCCCCCCCCCCUUUGGGAUAUUUCCCCCCUCCCAUAUACGAUGUGGUUUAUUCAAAUAAUUUCGUGAUUCUUCCAUCUAAUUAGUGCCUUAAGGCCAUACAUACCGGACGCUAUUUGGCAACGCGACGCGAAUUAUCAGUUUUCAAUGACACUUAACUUUAAUAUUUUUUAUUGUUUUCCAAAUAUGCCGGACCACUUAGCAAUUUUAGCUAUUUGGUCUGCAUACCUUGUAAAAUUUUUACCCGUUGACGGUUUUAUUUGUUUUUGAAAACUGAAAAUUCGCGUCGCGUUGCCGAAUCGCGUCUAGUCUGUGUGGAGAUUAAAAGUUGAGAUCAGUGUAAUCGCAAUUCAGUAAUAAUUUGAGAUCAGUGCUCAUCUUUGUUAUCAGGGUAAUCUCGUUCCAGUCAAAACAUUAAAAUCAUUGCAAGAUCGAUGCGGUCCUAUAGUUUGGAGAUCAGUACUUAUCCAGUACUAGGAUUUAUCCAGUACGAGAUCAGUACUCUAUGUGUUUGUCCAAUAUAGUAUAUAUUUUAUGUCAUAUGCUGGUCUGGGUUUGAGUUCAGUAUAUGUUGUAUUGCAAAUACAUAUUGGAAUGUAAGAAUUGCGGAGUGCUUAUAAUUCUUGACGUAAGUGUUUCCAUUUCAGUCGGGCCAUGUGAUGCAGGUCCUUGCCAGAACGAAGGGACUUGUGAAGUUGGGAACGGAAAUUACUCCUGUACAUGUGUUAAUCAUUAUUCAGGAAGAAACUGUGAAGGUAUGAAUCCAAGUCUUUGUUUGUUUGAGUUCUGUUUUGUUACAUUAUUUUUUGUAUACCUAAACUAUAGAAUGCUAAAAAAUAGUAACGAAACCACAUUUUCUCAACUACUUAUCACGGAAUCAUUUAACACUAAUUAUAAAAUUGGAGAAAAAUACGUUAUACAACUGUAAACUAAAUAGAAUAAUUUUGAACAAGAUCAAAAAGUUAACAGAUUCGGUAAAUGGGAAAAGAAAGAUAAAUAAACGCGUUAUAUCGGUAUAUACUUUUGGGAGAAACUGGAUUAUUUCUUACGCGAGAUGCAUAAGAAAUAGUAUUAGGAUUUACCUUUUUCAAUAGCUAAUAUAUGGAUGCAUAUGAAAGUAUUGAUCCGUUAAAUCGUUGCGUUUCACUCAAUGCAUGCAAAAGUAAAAUAGAGUAAAGUGCACCUAAGAUGAUAUAGCUUCCAAUUUAAGGCAAAUCAAACCAGGGGCGAAAAGAAAAAGGCAUGGACAUUUUGGUUGCUAAUUAAUUUUUUAUUCAAAAUUGUUGUCAUGCAAGUCGGCGGGGGGGGGGGAGUGUUAAAAAGUAUCCAAACAAAGAAUUUUUCACUACCUUUAGAAAUAAUGUACCGUAAUUUGAUAAAAUUUUGAGUAAUAUUUUUGUUAAUUUAUCAAUUUUUUUCCUACAACCAUUAUUUUUCAAUCCGAGAAGCAAUAUAUUUUCAAAAUUUGCCUAACGUAAUGCAAUGGACAUACCCGACUAGAGAGACGUACCCCUAAUUCCACAUGUAUUUACUUUCGCCCCUGAAUCGACCGCCUGUGGAAACGAAUUGUUUUUUGACCAAAUUUUUGCAAACAUAACAAAAAAUGUUUAUAGAUGCUAGAAUUUGUGUGCAAAUCAAGUUAUCUGCGACGUGGACGAUGUGCCAAACAUUUAUUUUCGGCGAUCUCGUAGCAGAAAUUAUUGGUUAUUUUUUCAAUUAUAAGAUCCAAAAUUAGACUAUAUAAUUCCGACAGCAAAUUAACUGAUUUUUUCACAGUUAUUUUUCAAAUUUAUUUUUCGUUUAAUUUGAACGACGCAUCUGUCUUGUUUUCAGUGCCACCUCCAUGUAAAAAGAAGAAUCCUUGUGUAAAUGGGACUUGUAAGGAUAUCAGUGCCGUUGAUUACAGAUGCAAGUGUAACCCUGGAUGGAUUGGAAAAAAUUGUGACGGUACGUAUUAAUUCAAUUUCUCGUUUCUAAUGUAAAUUUAAAGCUCGAGAAAUACUUGCAUGGUAAUAGAUAUUAAAUUUUGGUUUGCCUAGCUUCAAUUAAUCUUUUUUUUUUAAAAAAACAAAUAUUACUUGUCUACGAGAUAUUUCACAACCGGGUAAACGUUUUAAAAAUUUACAAGAAUAUUCUAACUUCGUGCUUCUCUGCACGAAUUAUUGGUCAUCACCGAUGUCGAUUUGAUGGGACUUCCACUGCCGCUUCCGCUUCUAUUAACCAGUCAAAUACGUUUAAUAUGGCCAAUUAACCAAUCAAUGACGUAAUAAACCUGUGGGAGGUAAACGGUAUUGGUAGCGGAAUUUAGAUCUGAAUUUUCAAUUGGCGUCUCAAACCGCUAUACAGUAAACAGAUGCAUGAACGAUCUCGUUUGAAUAUUACUUGCCGUGCCGUUCUUUUUAGCCUUAAUAGAGGGGGACGGUUAUAAAGUAUUCUCAAGAUGUACGUCCAGGUCACCACCUCACUACCUGCCUAUGUUCUUUUUUCAUGUUGGAUUUUACUGAUAAAUUCGUGUAACAAAAUAUUAGAAAUCCCCAAAGAUGAGGGUUUUCCAAGGAAUGUUAUAUUAUGUCUUUACGUUGUACAAAACCAAGAAUAAUGUCCAAUGAUGAAUAAAAAGUUAAUAUUCAGCAUAAAUAACAUAUUUUAGUUUGGGGGGGCUAAACUUUUUUUUCGUAAUUAAAAUUUUCUUCCUCCCCCCCUUCCCCCGACGCCACUUUUUUCGGACAUAAACCAAAAAAUUUUUCCAGACAUAUACAAUAUAACAAAACAUUUUUCCGGACAUAUAACAAAAAAUUCCGGAUAUACAUUGUUUAAACAAAAUAUUGCAAAUUUUUCCCCUUGUACGAAAAUUUUCCAAAAAUACCCUCAUGAAAUUUUCCUUAAUUACCAAAGUUUUUCCAGAAAGAACAAAAUUUUUCUGGGGGAGGGGGCUAAGCCCCUCCCCCCACUUUUACUUCUGGGGAGCUAAAGCUCCCCUAGCCCCGCUGUUCCGCCGCCACUGAUAUCUAGUUUUGUUUAAAUUGUUUAUUAACGAUGAACAAACUAUGGCCACAAUUAAUGCCUGUUAAAGUUACUAUAAUACAUGUUUUUAUUUUUUCAGAUCUAACCAAUUUCAAAUCAUUAAUUAAUAAUAGUUAACUUUCAUAAUAAUUAUGAUUCGAACAUCUCCAUUUGUUUCCAUUUUAGAACGGCCAUGCGACAGACGACCCUGUAAUAAGGCAAAGAAAUGCGUAGACAAAGGGUUUUCGUACAAGUGCGUCUGUUUGAAAGGCUGGACAGGCCCAAAUUGUGACAAAG